UUAAAGGUGAUUGGACCUUCCCAGCCUAUCUAUGUGAGGGUGGGAGAAGAUGUGGAGGUGACCUGCUACCUGUUCCCAAAGGUGAAUGCACAGAAGAUGGAGGUGAGGUGGGUCCGAUCCUGGCGCUACCCUGCCGUCCAUGUUUAUAUGGAUGGGAGCGAUGUGGCUGGGGAGCAGAUAGCAGAAUACACAGAGAGGACUUCUUUGAUGAGUGAUGCCAUCCAAGAGGGCAGACUGACCCUGAAGAUACACAACACCAGCAUUUCAGAUGAUGGGCAGUACCGAUGUCUUUUUGAAAAAGAUGAUGUCUACCAGGAGGCCAGUAUGGAUCUGAAAGUGAUAGGUGUGGGCUCCUCCCCACUGGUCACCAUGAAGGAGGGAGAAAAGCUGCUGAAGUGCACUUCAGAUGGGUGGUUCCCGCAGCCAAAGGUGCAGUGGAUGGACCGAGAUGGAAAUGUGAUGCCCUCAUUCUCUGAGGCUCUGACACAAGGCAGCCAUGGGCUCUUCCACGUGGAGACACUUUUACUGGUGGAAAACCACAUCAUUGUGAAUGUGACUUGUUGCAUUAGCAACCCCCUGCUGGGUGAGGAAAAGAGGACUACUUUUUCUUCCCCAGGUUGGUGA